UCUGGCGUGUGUUAUUUAGCUUUAGUGUGUUUGUAAACACGUGAGAGUAUUAUGCAGAUGAAACAGCAUAACAUGUGGGGGAACUGAGUUUGACUUUUAUGAAACCGUCGUAGACCACAUGGCGCAGGGAAUGUUAGAACGAGUGGUUCCGGCGUGCGACAGUAGAAUCGGGGAAAAAUUAUGUACUCUAUUAUUUCGUAAUUUUGGAUAUUGUUGAGCGUAGUCUUCACACGUUUAUAUGAAUUGCAGUAGUACAUGUGAAUUUUAAGAUGAAUAGCAGCUCAACUGUGAAUACCUUCAUUCGAGGGAAAUGCAUGUCAAUGUGUCCAGAAAAGGAAAUAAGGAUGCGAGAGCGAAAUGGCUUGCUACAUCAGUUGGAAAGUGUGCAGAUGGGGAAAAGUGAAUCUGUAACUGGAAACAGAAGAGCUAUGAAGUCACGGUGGCGAGCUGACUACAAACGCGUAAUCAAAAGCUUCAGUCGGCCGGCAGCUGGACACGGACCACCGGACCCCGACGAUAUCCGGCCCCCGCAGGUGCUGCUCCAGACUGUAAAAUACCUCUUAUCCGAAGUUGUUCCCAGCCAGAGCCUGCCUUGGAAUGAAGUGUACGACUUUGUGUUCGACCGCCUGCGUGCUGUGAGGCAGGAUUUGGUAAUACAAGGCACACCAUCUGUGGAAUCAGUGGAGAUACUGGAGCCGAUUGCGAGAUUUCUGGCAUACUCCGGAUAUAGGUUGUGCGAAGAGCCAGCAUCGCGCUUUGACGCAGUGAUCCACAGGCAGCACUUGCUGGAGUGCUUGCAGCGGCUGCUGGUUCUCUAUGACCGGCUGGAGCGGGAGAGCGGUGGGAGUGCGACUGGCUGCGACGGUCGGGCAGACACCGAGGCACUCUACCUUGUGCUGGCGCCGGGAAGUGCAGAUGCGCUGCAGCGGGCUCUGCAGCUGCCUGUGGCGUACAGGUGUGACACAGUGAAGAGCGCGCUGGAGUUCAGCCUGGCCUGCUACUCGGGGAACUACGUGCGGGCGCUGCGCCGCCUGCCACUCCUGCCGCCACUGCCCGCCUGCCUCGCCGCAUUACACGUGCCGCACCUCCGCAGGCAGGCCCUGCGGGUGAUGAGUGUGGGCUACAGCAGCCGCACCCUGCGCUACCCGAGUGCCGUGCUCGCAGACCUCUUCUUGGCGGGCAGUUCGGCCGAAGUCGUGGACGAGUGUCAGCACUACGGGCUGAGCGCCAACGUCGACGCGGGAAUAUCUUUCGACAAGAACCGUUUUGACCUCAGUGUACGAGUGCGUCCGCCGGUCCGCCUGAAAGCAGUCGACCGGAAGCUGGCUGCGGCAGACGUCACAAAAUUGUUGCUGGGAGAACCUGUGUGAUCAUUUGGGAAGCAGUAACCAUUAAGUGGCACAUAGACCUAUGUGCCGAAGGACAAAAUAUGUAAUCCUGUGUUGUUGAACUAGUAAACCAGUGGGGUGACUACUG